AUGAAAGUUUUCAACUUCUUCCUCAUCCCCAUCUUCUGCGUUGCGCUUGCUGCGCCCGCACCUUCGCAGAACCAGUGCAUCGCAAAUACGCCAAACGUGCUACAGUACUCCGCGCCCGAUGGAUCGAUUGUUCAAGAAAAGGGCUGCGGCCUUGCUAUCCCACGAGACACUCCCGAGGCUACUGCAGCGAUCGCGAAGCGUGGCUGGUUCGACACACUCCAGGUGGUGUGGAUCAUCACGCUUUCCGACUCGAGGGACCUCAUCAUCCGAACGCUUCUUAGCAUGUUCAACACCGACAUCAAACUGUUCACAGAAGUGGAGGGCAUGGGCGUCACCAUCGACGACGUCACUCAGCAAGCCAGCCAGGUCUCGUUCAAGUUGAAUGCGAGAGGAACAUGGGGCAACGCGUCUGCAAGCUUCGUCUACAAUUAUGUCAACGGAGGCAUCACCACUUUCGUACCAGGGGGUGCCCAGGAUGCCAAUGGGAAUAAUCUGACGGUCAACACUAAUUACUGUCACGCUAGGCAGUAG